UGCUCUGAGAGAACCAAAAAAAAAAAAAAAAAAAAAAAAAAAAAGGAGCAAAGCAGAGAAGCCAUUGCAGAAGAGAAAGAAAAACCCAAAAACCCAUCUCAUUGAGCUUGAUUUUUUGAGUGGGUUUUUGUUUGGUGAUUUUGGAGGGAAGUAUAAACUGGGUUCACGUUUUGUGUGUCUGCUUUGAUUUCCUCCAGCUCUUCCGCAUUACCAAAAUUUGCCGUAGUUCACAAGCAAAAAUCACAGCACUAGUUCAAUCAAAAGCUUUUUGUUUUAACGUACACGCGCACACACACAAAAAGAAUUCGUGUUCUUUUCGCAAACCCAAGAAGCUUCUCUUAUAUAUAUAUAACCCAUUUGAGUUUUACAAAGUUCACAGAGUGAGCUUAAUUUCUCUGUUGUUUUAAGAUGGAUCGGUUCUCUUCCUCCACCAUUCUUCCUGAUUCAUUUCUAGGAGCUAGAGAGGACAUAACAAACCAGUUUGGGCUUGUCUGGGAUCAGACAAAAGCACCAUUGAUAGUUCCAGUUUUACGGUUGUUGGUCUUUGUUUGCUUAGCCAUGUCUGUGAUGCUUUUCAUCGAAAAGGUUUACAUGGGGAUUGUUAUAGUUUUUAUUAAGCUAUUUAGGAGAAAACCAGAGAAGUACUACAAAUGGGAACCUGUUAAGGAUGAUGUUGAGCUCGGAAAUUCAGCUUAUCCUAUAGUUCUGGUUCAAAUCCCAAUGUACAAUGAAAAAGAGGUUUAUCAACUUUCAAUUGGUGCUGCAUGUGGCCUUUCAUGGCCGUCUGAUCGGAUCAUAAUCCAAGUUCUUGAUGAUUCAACAGACCCAGCAAUUAAGCAACAGGAUUUGGUGGAGCUAGAAUGCCAUAGAUGGGCAAGCAAAGGAAUAAACAUCAAAUAUGAGAUUAGGGACAAUAGAAAUGGGUAUAAAGCAGGGGCUCUGAAAGAAGGAAUGAAACAUAGCUAUGUGAAACAGUGUGACUAUGUUGCUAUCUUUGAUGCUGAUUUCCAACCUGAGCCUGAUUUUCUCUGGCGCACCAUUCCCUUUCUCAUCCACAACCCAGAGGUUGCUCUCGUCCAAGCUCGCUGGAAAUUUGUAAAUUCCAAUGAAUGCUUGAUGACAAGGAUGCAAGAGAUGUCACUAGAUUACCAUUUUACAGUGGAACAAGAAGUGGGCUCUGCAACAUAUGCCUUCUUUGGUUUCAAUGGCACAGCUGGAGUAUGGAGAAUUUCAGCUCUCAGCGAGGCUGGAGGAUGGAAGGACCGCACGACAGUGGAGGAUAUGGAUUUAGCUGUUCGAGCUGGUCUUAAGGGCUGGAAAUUUGUAUAUCUUUCUGACCUCAAGGUGAAAAAUGAAUUGCCGAGUACUUUCAAAGCUUAUCGUUACCAGCAGCACCGAUGGUCUUGUGGACCUGCUAAUCUGUUUAAAAAGAUGGUAAUGGAGAUUUAUAGAACCAAGAAAGUUUCUUCGUUGAAGAAGUUCUAUGUGAUCUACAGCUUUUUCUUCGUCCGGAAGAUUGUAGCUCAUGUUGUCACAUUUGUGUUUUAUUGUGUGGUACUACCUGCAACUGUUUUGUUUCCUGAAGUGGUAGUUCCCAAAUGGGGUGCUGUGUAUAUCCCUUCCAUCAUUACUCUCCUCAAUGCAGUUGGAACUCCUAGAUCAUUCCACUUAUUGAUAUUCUGGAUCCUAUUUGAGAAUGUCAUGUCCCUGCACCGGACGAAAGCUACUUUUAUCGGUCUGCUAGAGGCAGGGAGAGUAAACGAAUGGGUUGUCACAGAGAAAUUGGGUGAUGCUCUCAAAACAAAAGGAGGUGCAAAAGCUACCAAGAAACCUCAUAUAAGGAUUGGAGAAAGGCUGCAUUUGCUUGAGCUCAUGGUUGGAUUCUACCUCUUCUUCUGUGGAUGCUAUGAUCUUGCCUUUGGGAAGAACCGCUACUUCAUAUACCUUUUCCUCCAAUCCAUUGCCUUCUUCAUUGCAGGGGUCGGAUACGUUGGCACAUUCGUGUCCAACACUUAGGUGAAAUGUUCAUUUGGCAAUGCUUACUGCAAACAACACCAUUCAACACAAUGCCCCUCUGGUUUUUCCUGCGAAAGAUGAGAAUACCUUUUUAUCCUUCUAGGAAGCUUUUGAUUCAAAUUUUUGUUUCUUUAUUUAAUUGUGACAGGAAAAGGUUGGCAAUUCUUUUGUGUUUUCAAACAACGGUUCAGAUUGAAUUAUUAUUGGUUGUGGAUAAGGGUAUAGGAGAUAGAGAUAAAACUGCAAGAACAAAGUACUUUAUUCUAUUAUACAAAGAUUAUAUAUGUAAACAUCUUGCAAAUAGGUUUGCACUUUUUGAUGGGGUUUUCGUUCUGGCAUAUAAUAAAGAUGGUAUACAGAUUCCAAAACAGAAAGCAAAAAGAUAGCUUUGUAUU